UCAAAGCGCAGUAUGACUUCAAGAGAGAGAGAGGGAGAGAGAGAGCUCGAGACGAGAAAAAAGGAGAGGGAGGCGGAAUGCAAAAGGCUAAAGUCAGUCGUCGGCUUGAGUGAAACUUCACAACUUUUGAAUUCAAGCUCCGCUCAGUCCUUCUCUGACUUACACCCUAGUAAAAGUAAAAGAAAAAAAAAAACAGGCAGACUGCGCUGGACUCCCAUCAGACAUCUGCUUUGUGGCCAGGCUCAUCCCCAACCUCUGUCAGCAUCCUCCGUCCCACUCCCCACUGCCCCCUCGCCCCCCUCCCCCCCCCACUCCCCUGCAUCCCAAACUGGGAGAAGCCAUCCCCUUGAAGGGCUGAAUGGCACCAGCCCCUUUCACGUUCACCCACGGCCCUUGACCACCAACGAGACGUCAAGAGCAGUCAGCUAAAAAAAAAUCACCAGACUUACACCAGCAGUGGUUUUUUUUGUGUUACCAUGGCAACCAACAGGGAGCAUCAACUGCGUCAUAUGGCCGGCUUCCCUCGCACCAUGUAUCCUUUCCCCUUCAAUGCCAUGAGGAGCCACUCCCCCUUUGACCUGCUGGCCAGCAGCAACCUUUUUGGUCGCUUUGGGGCAGACCUUCCCAAAGAGAUGGCAGCAUUGUCCGUGGAGACCCAGAGCACCAGUUCAGAGGAGAUGGUGCCCAGCUCGCCUUCUCCGCCGCCGCCACCUCGCAUCUACAAGCCCUGCUUCGUGUGCCAGGACAAGUCGUCCGGAUACCACUAUGGGGUCAGCUCCUGCGAGGGCUGCAAGGGAUUUUUCCGACGCAGCAUCCAAAAGAACAUGGUGUACACGUGCCACCGAGACAAAAACUGCCAGAUCAACAAGGUGACCCGCAACCGCUGUCAGUACUGCCGGCUGCAAAAGUGCUUCGAGGUGGGCAUGUCCAAAGAAGCGGUGCGUAACGACCGCAACAAGAAGAAGAAAGACGUGAAAGAGGAGGCGGUGCUGCCCGAGAACUACGAGCUGAGCGGCGAGCUCGAGGAACUGGUCAACAAAGUCAGCAAAGCCCACCAGGAGACAUUUCCGUCGCUGUGCCAGCUGGGCAAAUACACCACAAACUCAAGCUCUGACCACAGAGUCCAGCUGGACUUGGGCCUGUGGGACAAAUUCAGCGAGUUGUCCACCAAAUGCAUCAUCAAGAUUGUGGAGUUUGCCAAGCGACUACCAGGCUUCACGACGCUCACCAUCGCCGACCAGAUCACCCUCCUCAAGUCUGCGUGUCUGGAUAUCCUGAUGCUGAGGAUAUGCACGCGCUACACCCCCGAGCAAGACACCAUGACCUUCUCCGAUGGCCUGACCCUCAACAGAACCCAGAUGCAUAACGCCGGCUUCGGCCCGCUCACAGACCUGGUGUUCGCUUUCGCCGGGCAAUUGCUGCCCUUGGAGAUGGACGACACCGAGACGGGGCUCCUCAGCGCCAUCUGCCUCAUUUGCGGAGACCGCAUGGACCUGGAAGAACCCGGGAAGGUGGACAAGCUGCAGGAGCCUCUGCUGGAGGCGCUGAAGAUUUACACACGCCGCCGACGCCCCAACAAGCCUCACAUGUUCCCGCGCAUGCUGAUGAAAGUCACCGACCUGCGAGGAAUUAGCACUAAAGGUGCAGAGAGAGCCAUCACACUAAAGAUGGAGAUCCCCGGCCCCAUGCCGCCGCUCAUCAGGGAGAUGCUGGAAAACCCGGACGCCUUCGAGGACAGCAGCGACUCGGCAGAAAGCCCCGCCCCGGCCGCCAACGCCGCCGCCGCCGCCGCGCCUGCUGCGCCGCCCGCCGUUCAGACCAUCAAGCAGGAAGAGAAGCCAACGUACGAGUCGGCGGUGGAGGAGGAAGAGGAGGACGAGGAUGACGACUACUGGGACGAGGACAGGGAGCGGCUGGCGGACAGUGAUGCCGAGCCGUGGGGGGAGGCGGCGGCAAGCGCGCACAAGAAAGGCGGGACAACGCAGUAGGGCGCUUGCUUCCCUGGCAUCCUCAUCCUCACACCAUGGGGCUCUUAUAAAAGAAUUGCAAAGUUUACAGGGAGUGAGGGACGAAGCAAAAGCACUCAACAAGCGACUCAUUGUGGUCUGCAGUGACAGGAGGGAGGUGGGGGGUGGGUGGGGGGGGACAUGAGGAAUGUCCUCCUCAGGAAAAGGGCUACGCUUGUAUCGAAAACAUCUCUUCUCUUUUGGGGGUUACAAGAAAUGCUACUUAGACUUUCUUCUUGUAUGAUGUAUUGUCUCAGCUCUUUGUCCAUUUCCUUUACCAUGUAGGUGUGCGCGUGCACGCAUCUUUUUUUUUUUUUUAUGAGCUAAAGUGUCACAUCAUGAAGAGCAGGGCUCCCAACCUGCGAUGGUCUACCAGGUGUCCAGCAUCUUCUCAAAACAAGCCAGGCUGACUUUUAUACCAUGAGAGGAGAAUCCAGAAUGCCGAGCAAUUGUUUGUUUGCUCGCCCGACGAUCGCGAUUACCGAUUCCUCUGACGGUGACAGGUUUGCCGCAAGAAAUUUGGUCGCUUCACUUGCUGCAUACGUUCCGCUGAGUAAAAUGUAGCAAAGUCAAAGUUACAGCUUUGAGCCGGUGUGAAAAGUUUCAACUGAAGCAAGCCAAUCCAUUUUUAUUAUUCCAUCCCCUCACCCACAGAGAAUCGAUCUGGAAUCCGCUC